GGCGCUGCCGCCUGCGUGUCCGCGCCUCUCUCCGCCAGCCGCCGGCUCAGACAUGCCCCUGAUGGGCAACCCGCUAUGUGCGGCCGCGCUCCUGGCUUUCGUGGUUAUUUCCGUGCUGGUGUCGCUGCUGAUUGGUAGUUUGCAGCAUGGCUCUAAAGCCAAGUCGGGAUACGUCUCCAAUGGGACUCUUGGCGAGGAGUUUGCUCCGCGACACGGUGAGCUGAUUUAUCAGCUCAACGAGAGACGCAAAGAAAUCAUGCCGCUGCUCGCAACCGCCGGCCAGGGAAGCAGGGGACAGCCGUCGGCGUCUUCGCUUUUCCCGCAGCAGUACCAGCCACCAGCGGCAGACUCGGAUCUCGGCCCGAGGAGCGAGCUUACGGAUGGGUCCGGACUAACGGGCGUGGACGAGAUGGGCUGUGAUUCGCUGGUGGACGUGCGGGCGGUGGACAUCCUCGGGUCUGGAUAUACGAAGCUGGUUGUCAGGGUGUUUCUAAGCGAGGAUCAGCCCGCGGCGUUGAAGUUCGUGAACGAGCAGGGCAGCGACAUGGAGAAGUGCCUGCAGGAAUUCGAAGACCCCCGUGGCUGCUACGAGCUCGUCUCGUAUAAACUGAAGAAGGAAAUUGUCCUGUUGCAGAGGUUGCAGCAUCCAAACAUCAUAAAGCUGAGAGGUCACUGUAUGGAGGAUGCAGGAGGAGGGGAAGAAGAAGGAGAAGGAGAAAGAGGUGGAGGGAGAGUCACGGCCAUCCUGGAGCAGGGGCAUCCACUCCAGAUGAUUCAGCUGCUGCAGAGCCCCUGGGAGGAGAGAUUUAAGGUGUGUCUGGAUCUAGUCAGGCUCCUGCACUUCCUCUCCCGCUCCCCCUUGGGCUCCGUGGCUCUUUUGGACUUCCAGCCGCGGCAGUUUGUGACGGUGUCCGGGGAGCUGAAGCUGACAGACCUGGACGACGCCACCGUGGAGGAGCCGGCCUGUCAGACAGAUGCAGACUGCACGCUGCAGUUUCCCCACAGACACUUCUCCCUGCCCUGCUCGGCCCGGGGAGUGUGUGAGGGGCUGAACGAGAAAAGAAACCUCUACAACGCCUACAGGUAUUUCUUCACCUACCUGCUGCCUCACCAGGCCCCGCCAGGCCUCACACACCUGGUAGACCACAUCAUGAACUCCACAGGGGAGCUAAGAGCUGACAUCAACCAGACCCUGGAGGCCUUUGAACACAUCCUCCUCCUCUAUAAGUCUGGUCUGCACCUGGACAACCUGCCUCCAUCAAUACUCAAAGAUUACACAGUGAUGCAUGGCAUGAGGACCUCUGGUAGUGUGGAGUACAGAUGCUGGCUGUCUUAUACCCACCAGGGAUGUGUGUUGUCUGUCCACAACGCCACAGAGGCAGCGUCCAUUUGUAACUCUCAUUCUCAGUGUACCACCUUCUGCCUCACCGGUGAGAGGACGUGGUCAGGACGCCACCUGGCCUCCUUCUACAGCGGCUUCAGCAGUCUCGUGCCUGAUGGGAUGUCCGAGGUGUAUCUGAGGAAAGCCAGCCCCCCUGAGACGGCUACUGUGUGAUGUGCGAGGAACAAACACGGGGGAGAGGGAGGUGAAGCGGAGCAAAACGUUGCACGGGAAUUCCUCAUGGUGAUAUGCUUCAUAACAACACCGUGUCACUAUGGCAGGACGCCGACUCUCCUCCUCGCGGUAUUUCGCUGCGGGAACAUACCGAACACGGUCAGGGGCCCGGGACUGUGCAGUGAUACGGCUGAGGUCGGGACAGGGAGGGGGGGGGCGUUUGAAAUGAAGCAAGCGAAUAUGAUGUAUUUAUAGAGCUUCUAAACUCUGCGACUGUUUGAUCCGCCUGCCAGCUCGCUGCCUCUGCCAGCAACUAUUUAGAGGUAUUUCCCUUCAGGUACAAUUAGUGGGGUAGGGGGCUUGUUCCCUCUGUGUGUUUCGCCAUGUUGUCUUUAUUUGCCAUGUGUGUUCGGGUUUUUUUUUUCCUUUCUGUGAGACAUGAUGACCCCUGCAGUAGGACUUAAAGCCAAAGGGGUAACAAGAGCAACUCUGAGCCCGCCACAGCUAACUGUUCGGAGCCCAAGGACGAGAAAAGAAAACAAGCCGUUACGAACACACUUUGAUGCUAAUUCGCUGAGGUUAUAGCUGUUUUUACACGGUUCCCUGGCUCUGCUGUCUUGUGGGAUGAGUUGGCAAGAACCACGUAGGCAUUUCUGCAGCAACCAUGAACAAAGAGGAUUUAUUACAUUCCACACCAGUCGGUCCCUAAAUUCUGUGUUAGUUUUAAAUGGUAGUGUUGUUUCCUCUGAUGUAUUUAUAUGCUGAAAUGAAAUGUGAUUUUUUUACAUUGACUGUGUAUUGCACCUUGUGGGUGUAGUUGUUAUUUUCAAUGAAAAGAGGAUUGACUUUAGUGAAAUGUAUCCUGCAUUUGGUACCCUGUACAGUUUAACAGUUUUUGAUCACAUAAAUCUUUUAAUUAUA